UCGCUUGCGUCGCCGGUGGUGCGUCGUUUUUGUCGCUGCUCGAUUUUUCGCUUCCCUUUCGCAGCACUUUUAUUUUGCAUUGUAUUGGUAUUGCAGCAGGGAGAAAAGUUCUUAUCGCUGACUGAUUCUUAGUUACUCCCCAUGUGAUUGGGGACGGAAAUACUGAAUAAAUACAUUUGUUUUUAAUAAAUUUAGUGUAAGAAAAAUGCUUCUAAUUUCCAGACAGUUGUGGCGCGGUCAGCAAACCAUUCAAUUAAGCAGACUUGCAGCAGGUGAAAUUUCAGGAACGAAUUCCACAGCGCUUGUAAAAGCAGGGAAUUCCAAAGUGGAAAUAUCAGCAGAGCCGGCGAAUCACAUGAUGGGUGGUCGUAAUCGUGGUAAUGUCGGAGGCGGUGGUAAUCGUUACGGUGGUUAUGGCGUGGGUUAUGGCGCAAACUUAGGUUACAGUGGUUUCAAUGGCAACUACUGUGGCGGGUACAAUGGUUACGACAUGAAUCCUAUGAAUCCUUUUAGUAUAGCCAUUGCUCAUGGACGACCAGGACCCAAUGAAUUAAUGCAAUUGAUGAGCGCAAUGGCGAGUAAUUUCAACAUGAAUCCGCCUCCACCACCACCUGCACGUAUGACGUGUGGUGAGCUGCGCGCCAACCACUGUGGACUGCUAGUUGAAAUGUCCGGGCGUCUAAUCAAAAAACGCGUUGCUCGUUUUGUGGAGUUACGUGAUCGCAGCGGUGGUGCAUCGCAACUGGUAAUCGUGGAAGAGAAGUAUCCGCGUAUAGCGCGUCGUAUGCAGAACAUGCCUGAAAACACAAUGCUAACAAUAAUCGGCAAAGUAAAUAGACGACCGCCGAAUUCCUGUAAUCAGACUAUGCCUACGGGUGAAAUCGAAGUGGAAGUUCAACAGCUUAAAAAUAUUGAAAUCCCACCUAGCGCCAAAAAAUCAGGCAAGCGCUCUUACAGCACAAUGGCGAAGCAAAAUAAUUGCGGCAUCACCAGCACCGAAUACAAGAUGGCCAAAAGUGAGAAUAUAUUAAAAUAUUUUGAAAACCGUUCCAUGACUUGCAAUGACUUGCGGCGCGAGCACAUUGGGAAGACAGUGACGCUCGUCGGUUGGUUACCACCAACUAAAGCUUCCAAAUUCUUGCAACUUAAAGAUGGUUAUGGGCAGACACAAAUUAUGGUUGAGGAGCAAUCGAUGCAAGACACUUUUCUCACUGCGCCUGAAGGAACCGUAAUACAAAUCAAGGGCAAGGUUUUGGGCAGACCGCGUGCCAACCUCAAUUUGAAAUACGACACCGGCGAAGUGGAGGUAAUGGUCCAAAGUGUUAAAGUAUUGAAUCCAGACGAUCCCUAUGAGGGACCUAUUAAAGCCAAAGAUAAAGUGCAAAAGAUGUCAAUUAAGGACCUGGAAGCCGAGGUUGCUGAAAAUAAAAAUGGCAAUGCUGCUGGUGGUGGCUCUCGUGCUGGUACAUCUGUGAAAUCAAAAGUAAUACAUAAAAUAGCGGAUUUGAAUAAAUUUUCUGCGCGCACGCACACCUGCGCUGAAUUGGGCAAAGAUAAUAUAAAUGAGAAAGUGACACUUUGUGGUUGGCUAGAGUUCCAACGUAUGGGUAAAUUCUUUAUACUGCGUGAUGGUUAUGGGCAUACGCAAAUUUUGAUUACACCGAAAGCUAAAGGUCUUGAAAAAUAUCAAGAAGGCUUCUCAUUGGAGUCAAUUAUAAAGGUGGAAGGUACGGUCAUACCCCGACCUGCGGCUACGAUCAAUCCUAACAUGAAAACCGGUCAAAUUGAAGUCGAAGCAGAAACAGUAGAGGUACUCAAUCCGGCUAAGAAAAAUCUGCCCUUUGAAGUGCGGCAUUAUAAUCGUGCGGGUGAACGAUUGCGCUUAACACACCGUUAUCUGGAUUUGAGAUUCGUUGAUAUGCAAUAUAAUUUGCGUACGCGCUCGUCAGUCAUAAUGCGCAUGCGCGAAUAUCUUAUCAACUAUUUGGGUUUCGUUGAAGUCGAGACGCCAACCUUGUUCCGACGCACGCCUGGUGGUGCGCAAGAAUUCGUUGUGCCCACACGCAAGCCCGGACACUUCUAUUCGCUGGUACAAAGUCCACAGCAAUUCAAGCAAAUGCUAAUGGCCGGCGCAAUUGAUCGUUACUUCCAAGUGGCGCGUUGCUAUCGUGACGAGGCCACCCGGCCGGACCGUCAGCCGGAGUUUACACAACUCGAUAUCGAAUUAUCCUUUACAACACGCGAAGAUAUAAUGCAAAUGAUCGAAGAGUGCUUGCGCUAUGCGUGGCCAAAACAAUUCCCACCCAUUCAAACGCCGUUCCGACGCAUCACCUAUGAGGAAGCAAUGGAAAAGUAUGGUACUGAUAAGCCCGACACCCGCUUUGGUUUCACUAUGUGUAAUGUUAGCGACAUAGUUGAGAAGAACGAGACCUUCGCAAAUAAGUACGAUUUUCUAGGCGCCUAUGCGAUCAUUGUACGAGGCAACGAGGCUGUUUGGAACACAACUGCAAAAAAACAUUUCGACAUCCUCAGCAAGGAAUUCAACGGCACGCUGUUUGUGCGCAAAUUUUUGAACUAUAAGGACGUGCUUGAUCGUCUAACAAAGUUGCUGACAAACGAUGUAGCGAGCGAAUUCAUAGAGAAAUUUGAUGUGGAAGAGAACGAUUUGGUUUUCCUCGGCAUUGGCGAAACUCGCGAAACACAAACGUUUAUGGGCCGCGUACGCCUCGAAUAUCAUGACAUCUACUCGGCGAAUUCAAAGAAAGAGAGGAAAGAGAAUAAAUUCCUGUGGGUAGUUGACUUUCCAAUGUUUGAGCGCAAUCCGGAUACGAACAAGUUGGAAAGUGUUCACCAUCCAUUUACCGCUCCACAUCCCGAUGAUAUGCAAAAAUUCCUGCACUCCAAGGAUGAAUUGGAAGAGGUGCGCUCACAAGCCUACGACUUGGUGUUGAACGGCCAAGAGAUUGGUGGCGGCUCGAUACGUAUACAUGAUCGUAACAUGCAACAAUUCGUACUGGAGAAGAUACUUAAAAUACCACAUGAGCAUUUGAAUCAUUUAUUGAGCGCGUUGGAAUCUGGUUGUCCACCGCACGGUGGUAUUGCACUUGGGCUCGACCGCCUAAUAUCGAUUAUUUGUCGUGCACGUUCGAUGCGUGAUGUUAUUGCAUUCCCUAAGUCGUUGAAUGGUAAUGAUCCUCUUUCGAAUGCGCCAGUACCUAUUUCAGACGAGGAGAAGGCGCUCUAUCAUAUAGCAGUGAUUGAGGACUCUGGCAAAUCGACAGAGCAUGCUGAUGAGGAUGAUGAUCCAGAUGCAGUGCGUUCCACACCGUCACCGGUGCCAACAGAAGCCAUGGUGGUCGAUUGUGAUGGCGAUGGUGAUGGUGAUGCUAAAUCGGUCACAACCGAUGUUGACAUGCCUUCUGUGAAUGAGCAAAAUUUGGAGUCCAAUGAAAACUGUCAGCAAGCUAUGGAUUCCGCCAAAGCAACUAAAGCUUCGGACAACACUGCCACACCGGCAACGCCUAAGCGGGUGGCUGCUGCAGCAGCGGGCAAAAAGAAGUAAACUGAUAACUUAUAACUGAUGUAAACGGGCUUUCUAAGCAUGCACCAGCCGCUUCACGUAUUUUUAACUCUAAAUAUUACAUUAUUUAUGAUAAUUAUUUACUAAAAACACACAAAUAUCCUUAAACUUAGCUAUUUUGUUGUGAAAUAAUCACGAAAUGCUAAAUGCUUUUCCGUAGAAUUUUAAGAAUUUUUACUGUAGUUUAUGCUGAAAUGUUACAAUUUUUCUUGUUUUAAUUUUUUAGUAUUCAACACUUUUUACAAUUUUUUUCAUCAUACACGCGAAACAUCAAACAAAAAAUUAUUUAUAAAUAUGCAGCAAUCAAGACGAAUUCGUUAAAGGUGAUGGCGCUAGGCUAACAACAUUUUGUACAUUACAAUGUCACGCAAAAGUAGAAAGAAAAGUUAUUUACUUGUGAAGGCAAAAUACAGGAAAAAGAAUCAAUUUA